ACGUGAAAACAUGAAAAGAAGAAACUGAGUCGAAAACGAACGUCGUUUGAAUAAUUUUCGCACCAUGUCGAAAAGAAAAGUAACAUUUGAGGAUGGCAACGGAGAGUUUGACCUCGAAGACGAUGUCCCGAAUAAAAAGAGUUGUGAAGCUGUCAGCGGACCAGGCUCCAGGUUUAAGGGUAAACAUUCCCUUGACAGCGAUGAAGAGGAUGAAGGAGAGGACACAAACAGCAGCAAAUAUAAUAUUUUAGACAGUGAUGAUGUUGAGGGUCAAGAGGGAGCAACCAUUGACUUUGAUGAGGGAGUUUCUAUUACUCCUUUCAACCUGGAAGAGGAGAUGCAAGAAGGACACUUUGACUCAGAGGGGAACUAUUUCAUCAAAAAGGAGCAACAGAUUAGAGACAACUGGCUUGAUAACAUUGACUGGGUGAGAAUAAGAGAGCAGCCUUUCAAAAAAAAGAAGAAAGGUCUUGGAGCCAAAAGGACACGCAGAGCAGGUGAUGAGGACGAGGCAGAGGAAGAAAAACAGAGAGAAGAACAGCAAGCAGACCAAGAAGAAGAGGAGGAGGAGGAAGAGGCAGAGCCUCCAGAGGACCCACUGGCAUCCUUCACACAGCACCAGCUCACUGAAGCUGUCAUCGAACUACUGCAGCCUGGAGAAACAGUCGCUACAGCGCUCCGUCGGUUAGGAGGCCUUGGAGGACGGAAGAAGGGAAAGCUGAGGGAAGAAGAAAAAUCCACAGAGGAGACCAAAGGGGAUAAAGAAAAGCUUGAUCGGCUCACAGCGCUAGCUGACCGACUGGUUGGAUCCGGGAUGUUUGAAAUCUAUCAGCAAACCUACGAAAAACUGGCCUACAUGUUAAAGAGCAUGACUAGCAAGCGGCCAGCGGUGGGGGGUGAGGAGGAGGAAGGAGAGGAGCUUGACAUGUUUGCUGACAAGUUUGAUGAGAAGCAUGGUGAAACAGCUGAGGACAAAGAUGACAAUAAUAGAGUGAGCGAUGAAGUGAUGUGGGAGUACAAGUGGGAAAAUAAGGAUAAUUCAGAAGUCUACGGCCCUUUCACAAGCCAGCAGAUGCAGGUACUCUCCUAAAACUACUUGAAAUUGAAUAACAGGACUUCUGUUAAGUGUUUAUAGGUGACUGUUUAAAAUAAUCAGAAGGGAAAUGGUUCCCUCUCUGGCCAUCGAUAACGGUAAUCGAAUCU